AUGAACUUGGGCACGAUCAUCUGUGGUGUGAUCUUCCUGAUUAUCUACUUCUUCAUGGAGGAGACGAUCUACUGCCGAGGCACCACCCUGGAGAGCGUCAAUGUCGAGAUCCAGAGCACAAAUGACUGCGCGACACAGAAUGGGGGAGAAAAGCAGAUGCAGUCGGAGAAGUCCAUUACGGCUCCCUCACAGCAGAUUCAAGUUUCGACAACGAUCCAAAGAACGACCACAAGACGGGAUAAGUACAAUCUUUUUCGACCACUACCUGGACGACCCAGCAACUGCUAUAUGUUGCACAUGAUGUAUCGACCCUUGAUCAUGAUCUACAGGUUUCCAACUGUCGCUUGGACCGACUUCCUAUACGGCAUCAACCUUGCGUGGUACAAUGUCCUCAACGGGACAGCAAGUCCAGUACUGACAGGUGAGCCACAUGGAUGUUCCGCAGCACAAGUCGGAUGUGUGUAUGCAGGUCCAAUCGUCGGUGCAGCACUCGCCUGUCUGUGGUCCGGCAAGAUCGCAGAUUCCAUCACUCUGGCGCUUGCUCGUCGCAACAACGGCAUACGAGAGCCAGAGCACCGUCUUUGGGUUUUGACGGUCUCUGGCAUAAUCCCUGCAGCUGGUCUGGUCACCUGGGGCGUUGGUGCCUAUCACCAAGUACAUUGGAUCGGCUUGGUAUUUGGUCUCGGCAUGCUGACGUUUGGAUGUGUGACCGGUGGCUCCAUUGCAGUGAGCUACAAUGUCGACUGUUUCAAGGAGAUUGCUGGAGAGACCAUGGUGUCCAUCAUGGUCAUCCGCAAUACGAUUGGCUUCGGUAUCAGCUAUGGUAUCACUCCAUGGUGGACGACGCAAGGGCUGCAGAACUGCCUCGUCACUGCUGCGGCAAUCCCACUGAUCUGCACCUUCUCGUUCUUGGUCCUGAUUGUGUAUGGAAAGCGACUCGGCGGUGGUCUCAUAGGAAUGACGUGGCUGACUAUAAGAUAA